UGUGCUCUUAUUUAACUGGUGGGCUUAACAGUGCUAAAACGAACCGAAGCCACUGGGAAGGACUUUACGGGAUGGGAACAGACGAGAGUCCCCCAGUGUUUCCAGCUCCUGACAGUUUAAUGUGGCGGAGCAGACACACGGAGGGAUCUGCGGAGCUCAUGUAGACCAGCAGCCAGACAAACCACCGGGACACAGCAGCACCGCAGGGGUCUGGAAAAAUGCAGGCGGUGAAGUGAAAAACGACCGAAAAGCAGACUGUCGGGAUGAACGGCACCAAAAUAAUAAUGGCACUCCUCCUGUGUCUGUUGAUGUUGGCAAGUGCUCAGCCCAGCGCUGUGAAGAACUGUCACCCUGGGUGCCGCUGUGAGGUGGAAAGCUUUGGCCUGUUCGACAGCUUUAGCCUGACCAGCGUGGACUGUCAAGGGCUGGGACCCACCAUCACUAUGCCCAUCCCUAUCCCACUGGACACUUCCCACCUGGACCUGUCCUCCAACAGCAUGGGCCCGCUCAGUGACAUCAUGCUAGCUGGUCCAGGCUACACCACCCUUGUUAGCUUGGACCUCAGCAGCAAUCAUAUAACAAAGGUAAGCCCCAAUGCCUUUUCCAAGCUGCGUUACCUGGAGACUCUGGACCUGAGCCACAACAACCUGGAAAGGCUUUCCCCAAGCUGCUUCUCUGGUCUUCCUCUUGCUGAUGUUGACCUCAGCUACAACAGCUUCCAGGAAUUUGACAUGGGCAUAUUUGCUACUAAAAUUAAUGGUGAACCUGUCCGCGUGGAUCUCUCACAUAACAAGCUCAUGUCUGUUUCCACAAGUUUUCAUGGAAGAGUAUCACACAUUCAAACCCUAACUCUGUCAGCAAACCAACUGUCAAGUGUUCCAAGACUGGCAGGACAUCCACUGAGGUACCUCAGUCUGGAUGGUAACCCCAUCACGCAGAUCAAGGUCGGAGACUUUGCUCAGCUAAAGGGUCUGGUUUAUCUGUCCAUCAGUGGCCUCCAGGAGCUUCGGGAAGUUGAGCCUUACAGCUUUAAGAGCCUCCAGAGCCUCCAGGUUCUGGAUCUAUCAAACAACCCCAAGCUGGAGACUCUGAGCCCUGCUGUUUUUAGUGGACUGGACUCCCUGCAGGAGCUGAAUUUGUCCAGCUCUGGUGUGGUGUCCUUGCCAAAUAACAUGCUAACCCACCUGCCCAGUAUUAAGAGUAUUACAUUGGGAAGAAACAUCAACUGCUGGAGGACCCAGAAACAGGGGCAGUUUCACCGGCAGCUGGGGCAGGCCCAAAGCAAUGAUGUGCUCAACUGUAAUAUGGAGGGCAUCAUGCUGUGAGACUGUGUCUGAUGCCAGAGUUGUGCCUUAUUUGCCUUGAUAUGCAAAACACCUUUUUGUAUUACUCUCACUCAGUUACCUCAAGGUAAAACCUUGGAAUAUGUCUUAAAGACUUCAUGAAGUCUUGACACAAAUGCUGUUAAUUUUAGAAAAACAAUGACAAAAUGUACAGCAUUUUACAUAGAGCAAUUUCUUUUACAUCUUAAUAUACAUCAUCAUCAAAACUGAUAGAUAACCUUUCAUGAAUUCAAAACCUUAAGUAAUUUCUGUACAUUCAUAUAAAGUGGGACCAUAUUAAAAGCUAUUUGCACUCAUUCCACAUUUGACCAUAAUAUCCACACUGAGGAAUAUACAGAAUAUGAAGGUACACACGCCGUGUUGAAUGUUGGGGAUCGGGGGCACCAUUUUGGGAGGAGGCGCUGUAUUUACCUGUAUACAUUCUUGUUUUAUUUGGCAAAAAGGUUGCUUUAAUCGUUUAGAUCUCACUAUGUUCAGCUCAGUUCAGGAGCUAACGUUAGCUAGCAGCUGCUGGCAGAUAACACAAAGACUGCAGAUGAAUAAAUUCCUAUCCUCCUCUGUGCUCAGACUGAAUACUAAAGUGGAUGUUUGGAUGAGGCUGAAGCAUCCGCUACUGUGUGUAGCUGUAUGGGAUAGUAUUUAUUAUUUAAAUUAGCUUACAGAUGUACUGUAUGUAGUGUACAUAUACAUAUAUCUAUGAAGGAUAAUGAGCACGAUGCUCCCAAAAUGGCACACAAAUUCAACAUGGCAUGAUUGCAACUUCACAUUCUCUAUUUUAUGGCUAAUGACCACAAAAUAUUUUUAAUUUGACUUUGAACGUGAUCUUAUUAUUGAGGAAUAUUACAGGAAUAGUUCAACAUAUUGGGCUUUCUAGAAGAGAGUUAAGUGAAAAGAUUGAUUACACUCUCAUAUCUGUUUGUUCAAUGUGAAAUUAGCACCAGUAGCUGGUUAGCUUAGCACAGCGGUUUUUCUAGGAAUAUAAGAACUGAGAACCUGUCUGUAUAAACCAUGUUUACACUGAGCUAAGCUAGCUGGAUGCUGGUCGUAGCUUAAUAUUAGCCAUACAUGCAUGAGAGCAGUAUCAUCUUUUGUAAGAAAGCUAAUAUGCAUAUUUUGAAAACUGUCAAGAUGUUCAAUCCAAGGACCAGAAUUAUUUUAUUUCCCUGAGUGGGAAAUUUACAGUAAAGACUAAAAAAAUGUAGUUGAGAGCGAACAUGUUUUCUGUUACACCACACACAAAAUGACCAUUUCAAUACUUGAAUUUUUUUGUCUAUGAACACCAGCCCAAAUCUGACAUACCGUCCACUGUGUUUGGACAAUUUAUCAUCAUAAUCACUAAGUUUGAUUUACAGCCUUUGAAAUUGGGUUACAUGCAGCCUUUGACACGAUGCUCACUGAUCUGUGUUAAGUUUGAUUACACAACAAGCUAAGCAGGAGUAAACAAGCUACUGUAUGUUGUCUCAAGCUGAAGACGACAUAUGAUCAGUGAAGUAUGGUGAGUCCAAGAAUUGUUGAUGUUUAAGCAACUACCGACACUGUACCUUAGCGUUCCUGUGGUUUUUCUACUAAGACAAUCAGCCUCCAGACUGCAUAUUAGGUUUUGGGAAUAUUAGCAGUCUAUAACAGUUUGGGGAUCUUUAGUGCUUUGGUUUAGAAUUUUUUAUAAGAAAUCCACUGUUUCAGUUGGUUGAAUUGAAAGUCAAAUGAACCCACUCUUGUGCGUAGAGAUUUAUAUUUGUAUACUGUUUGUAACUAUGUUGUAGAUACAUUUAUAUAUCUAUGACUCAUAUGUGUAAUAAAUUGACUGUUUG